AUGGAUCAAUAUAUUUAUGUAAGUCAUUUUGAUUCACUUUUUCUGUGUUACACAAUCUUUCAAUUUUUCAGCCCUACAACACUUCAUGGUUCGAUUUACCCUUGGAAAUGCGCGAAAAUUUCGAUUGUGAAGAUUUCGAUCAAAAAAUUAUUGAUGAUUAUUUGUGGCAUUUGAAAACUAAAGGAAUGCAUGAAACAACAUCGAUCAGAGUAUCAUUUCUCACAAGACGUAUUUUCACAAUUGAUAUUCAAGAAUUGGCGCCAAUCACCAUUUGGGAAGAACAACAUCAUUUUUAUCGAAAACAAAAAGUGCAAAAAUGUUAUUAUUGUAACAGAAUGUGGCGAUCAAAAAAUUCACAUAAGUUAUAA